AUGGCUGGGCUCAAGUACCUGAGUGGGUUUGGGAAUGAGUUCUCAUCUGAAGACCCUUGCUGUCCAGGAGCCUUACCUGAAGGUCAGAACAACCCUCAGGUGUGUCCCUAUGGUCUCUACCUUGAACAACUCUCCGGCUAUGCUUUCACCUGCACACAGCCAACCAAUAAGAUGAGUUGGUUCUACCGUAUCCUACCGUUUGUCCGUCACAAGCUGUACACCGCAAUGCACUGUGGGAUCCUAACAGAGAAGUGGGAUGAAGUGGAACCUGACCCUAACCAGCUGCAAUUGCUGCCAUUCAGCAUCUCCAAAUCCAUUAAACCCUCUGGCUUUCCAUUAUAGCGAUUAGCUGGUCUGCACACCCUAUGUGGAGCAGGAGACACUAAGUCCCACAACAGGAUCGGUAUCCACAUGUUCACCUGCAACACCUCCAUGGUUGACAGUUGUUUCAACAACUCAGAUGGAGACUUUCUCAUUGCAGGGGAGAUUGUGAUCACUACAGAGUUUGGGAAGAUGAUGGUGGAACCCAACGAGACCUGCGUCAUCCAGAAAGAAAUGCAUUUCAGUGUGGAUGUGUUCGGGGAGACCAGAGGCUACGUGUUGGAGGUGUACGACCUGGGACCCAUAGGUGUGUGUGACCCCUCCACGUGUCAAUGCCUUGUCAACUCUCUGCUCUGGUGGCAUGAUAUGACGACUGCAAGGUAGCCACAAGGCUACACUGUCAUUAACAAGUACCAGGGCAAGCUCUUCUCCAGCCAACAGGAUUUCUCUCCCUUUAACCUGGUGACGUGGCAUGGGAACUAUACACCGAACAAAUACAACCUGGAGAACUUCAUGGUAAUCAAGUGUGUGGCCUUCGAUCAUGCAGAUCCUUCCAUCUUCACGGUGUUGACGGCCAAGUCCACACGCACCAUCGCUGACUUUGUCAUCUUUCCCCUGCGCUGGGGAGUGGCUGACCACACCUUUAGACCCCCCUACUACCACAGGAACUAUAUGAGUGAGUUCAUGGGGCUGAUUAAGAGCCACUAUGAGGCCAAGGAGGAGGGCUUCCACAUGAUGACCCCUCACGGUCCUGACAGAGACUACUUCGAGAAGAACAGCACCACCCCCCUCAAACCAGAGAGGGUGGCCGAGGGGUCCAUGGUAACACACACACACGAUGUGAUCACAAUUAUCAAACAGCUGUACAUAGUGGGACAUCCAGUAACAUCCCUCUUCAUGUUUGAGUAGUCGUUCAGCAUGGCGGUAACUAAGUGGGGCCUAGAGACGUGUCAGAGGCUGGACAAGAGCUAUGACAGCCUCCGCAAACACUUUGACCCCAACUGGAGGCCCAGCAAACAGUAG